CUACGGAUAACAAUAUUCAAUCGCGACGCCAAUAAUUGCCUCGACUAUUGUUGAAAUGUCCCUCCCAGUCAACGACAUCCGCAGGCUAUCAGAACUCCACCCCAAACCACAGCAUAUCAACUAUCAGUAUGGGACCGCAGGAUUUAGGACUUUGGGCAAGGUACUCGACUCAGUGCUCUUUAGAGUCGGAAUCCUAGCGGCUCUCAGGAGCAAGAAGUUGGAUGGAAAAACUAUCGGUGUAAUGGUCACCGCCUCUCACAAUCCUGAACCAGAUAACGGGGUCAAGCUGGUCGACCCCCGAGGCGAAAUGUUAGAAAGCUCCUGGGAGUCUCAUGCCACGGUUCUCGCAAAUACGCCAUCGACCGAUGAGUUUAUUUCCGCGCUCCAGGAUUUCGUCAAAACGACCAAAAUAGACAUUUCCAAACCUGCCAGAGUAGUAUACGCCCGCGAUACGCGCCCAUCUGGCCCUGCGCUGGUGGCCGCCCUUGAAGAUGGUUUGAAAGCCAUGAGCGCGGAGGGUAGGAAUGCCGGCGUUACUACGACCCCCAUCCUUCAUUAUCUGGUCAGAACAAUCAAUACCAAAGGAAGUAAGGAGUCUUACGGGACCGACACCGAGGAAGGAUAUUACACCAAGCUCAGCAGUGCCUUUAACAAGCUCAUGGUCGGAAGGCCACCACGACCUCCGCUCGUCAUCGACUGCGCGAACGGCGUCGGUGCUCUUGCUGCGCGGGCCCUCAGCCGGUACCUUGUGAAUUCUUUACCUGUUGAACUGGAGAACACUGCAAUCGAUACCCCAGGAGCACUAAACAACUCAUGCGGAGCUGAUUUUGUCAAGGUGAACCAGAAACUCCCACCCUCUCUCACAGAUGUGUUGGGGCCCUGCCAACGGGGGUGUAGCUUGGAUGGAGAUGCGGAUCGACUUAUCUAUUUCUAUCUCGAUGAGCACCGCGAAUUCCACAUGCUUGACGGGGAUAAAAUCACCACCCUUGUGGCCAGCUUCAUCGUUGAACUCGUGAAAACCGUUGGCUUAAGCGAAAAAUUGAAAGUCGGCGUCGUACAAACUGCGUAUGCCAAUGGAAGUUCCACGAAGUACCUUUCCGAGAGGUUACCUGUCAAAUGCGUUCCAACGGGGGUGAAACACUUGCACCACGCAGCGGAGCAGUAUGACAUCGGGGUGUACUUCGAGGCAAAUGGCCACGGCACUGUGGUGUUCUCUCAACCAGCGCAAGAUUUAAUCUUCUCUCAUCAACCAUCCACCCCUACGCAGUUGACAGCACUGACGCACCUGCAAAACAUUUUGAACGUUAUUAAUCAGACUGUCGGAGACGCCCUUUCUGACAUGUUACUCGUCGAAGUUGUACUCGCUCACAAGUCCUACGGAGGAGCUGAGUGGGAUUCUCUGUACACUGACUUGCCGAACAGGUUGGUGAAGGUUGUGGUUCCAGAUAGGAACAUCUUCAAGACCGUAGAUGCGGAGCGUCGUUUGGUUAGCCCAGGGGCUUUGCAGAACAAGAUCGACGAGUUGGUCACGAAGUAUUCCGAAGGGCGAUCAUUUGUUCGGCCUAGUGGGACGGAAGAUGUUGUCAGAGUUUACGCGGAAGCGACUACGAGGCGACAGACAGAUGAUCUUGCAUUCCGCGUAGCGGGAUUGGUGUAUGACGAAGCUGGUGGUGAUCGGUCUCAGCGACCUAAAGAAUUUUUGUGACGAGGAACGGAAUUUGUGUGCUCUUACUGUACCCUGUAAUACCGCAAAGUUGCAAUGACGACAUGGCGUGCCCUUCGGCAACUGCCGGGACA